UUGUUGGUUUGUGAAUUGUGACUUCCAUGUUGUGUCGUGAUUCGUGAAUCGGUGGAUGUACCACCCAGCCCCUCCCAAACUCGCCAUUUAAAAUCCCCAAAUAUAAACGGUAAUAAUCUCCCCCUCUAGCUUUCAAAUCUCUUUCCCUCUCUCGUUCUCUCGAAACCCUAUACCAGCUAUUGCUUUCUCUCUCUACUGUCACGCGGACGAAUACUUCCUCUCUCCCGAUCUGCGACGAUGACAGCUGCUGCACCGCCGCUAGGAGCCGGCAGGGAGCUCUCUAGCCCACCGACGGACGGAAUCUCGAAUCUCCGGUUCUCAAACCACAGCGAUCAUCUCCUCGUCUCCUCCUGGGAUAACAGUGUGAGAUUGUAUGACGCGAGCGCCAACGUAUUGCGGGGAGAGUUCUUGCACGGUGGGCCAGUCCUUGACUGCUGCUUCCAUGAUGAUUCCUCUGGCUUCAGUGCUAGCUCCGACAAUACUGUUAGGAGACUUGUUUUCAACCAUGGCAAGGAGGAUAUAUUGGGAAGGCACAAUGCACCCGUUCGCUGUGUCGAGUACUCUUACGCCACAGGGCAAGUGAUCACAGGCAGUUGGGACAAAACACUAAAGUGUUGGGAUCCUAGGGGUGCAAGUGGACAAGAUCGUACUCUUGUUGGGACAUACCCACAACCUGAGCGUGUUUACUCUCUCUCUCUUGUAGGACACCGUUUAGUGGUGGCAACUGCAGGAAGACAUGUAAAUGUUUAUGAUUUGAGAAACAUGUCUCAGCCAGAGCAACGGAGGGAAUCUUCGUUGAAGUAUCAAACUCGAUCUGUCUGCUGUUAUCCCAACGGUACAGGAUAUACUCUUAGUUCAGUCGAAGGCCGUGUGGCAAUGGAAUUUUUUGAUCUUUCUGAACCAACUCAAAGCAAAAAAUAUGCAUUCAAGUGUCAUCGGAAAUCAGAGGCUGGAAGAGACAUUGUUUAUCCAGUAAAUGCCAUUGCAUUUCACCCUAUCUAUGGUACAUUUGCAACAGGUGGUUGUGAUGGUUUCGUUAAUGUGUGGGAUGGAAACAACAAAAAGAGACUGUAUCAGUACUCUAAGUACCCGACAAGCAUCGCAGCCUUAUCAUUUAGCAAAGAUGGUCGUCUCUUGGCUGUCGCAUCGAGCUACACAUUUGAAGAGGGAGACAAACCCCAUGAACCAGAUGCUAUCUUCGUUCGCAGUGUGAACGAAAUAGAAGUAAAGCCAAAACCAAAAGUUUAUCCCAAUCCUCCUGCAUGAAUGUACUUGGGAGAUCUCGGUUUGUCUAGUCUUUUGGACCUGUAAUAUUUUAUAUGACGCAGCAGAGCUUCAUGUCUCUUCGAUGAAGCGAAUUGGAGGCUAAAAGUAUGAAUGGGAUGUUAGAUAUCUCUUUUUUACUUCCAAGUUAGCUUUUUAUCCUUGCAAAACUGAUAGUUGUAGCAUAAUGGUUUAUUUUGGGUUACGACUUGGAUGAUGAUAAUCUUAGCUUAUACAUCAUUUUAGGCUCGUUGUGCGUGUUUUCAUUACUUCCAUUUUAUUUGGAGCAACAGCUUGCGCUAUGCUUUUAUGGCUUAUUUGUACACCAACCCACCCCCACACCCCCCACACCCUGCGACAUUGUUAGGGUGCAAAGAUGUAAUGAAAUGUCAUGUACAAAUUUCCUUCGUGCUUCCUUUGUAGAUAACUCGUUGUCUACGUUUGCAGAUAUAUCCACAUUUGUCUUGUUGGAGA